UGGUAUGGAGACCUUCAUGAAUCAUUUCAUAUUUUCCAGCUUAGUGAUGUAUUGGAUUAUGGUACAGCAGAUUUUUAGAAAAUGAUGGUAUGAGAGUAUUAGAAAAUAUUGUUUUGCCUAAUGCCUUUGCAGAUUUACUUGUUAAACCAAUGAAAAGCCUUGUUCUUGCUAGUGAUGAACUUGAAAAUUCGGAAGAAUUAUCUUGAACCUGCUGAUGAAAAAGAUAAAUCUAAAAAGAAAGGCACUUAGAAAACAAAAAUAGUUUAGCUAGAACCAAUACCAGAAUUCCUAAAGAGGGAUUGUAUGGUUAAUCUCUGUGUAGUGGGUGGUCAAUGAUCACAUAUUAAAUGGUAUUGCUAUUUAGUGCAUUUUUUAAGGUAAAUAUGUUGAUAGCUUAUAGUAUUUUUUUUCCACUUUCUUUGAUCACAAUGAAAUAAAGUUUAAUGAUUCUGCACAAAAAAAUAAAAAAGGUGUGGCUAUUCAGUUGGUGUCUACAGAAUUAUAAAAUUUGCUCAUGUCAUUCAUCUUUACUUUACAAUUAUGGCAGUUGUGGCCUGAGAAAUUUCAAAAUAAAGCCUAUGGGGUGACACCAAGAAGGCAGAUCGGCUUUGCAAUCCAGAAUUAAGUAAAAUUGUAACUGAAUGUACUUGUUCAGAAGACUGGGUUUUAAGUAAUGAAAAACUGGCAGAGUUACAAAAGCUAAUCCACCAUAACGAAAUUUCUUGCUUGUAUUGUCAUGGUGCAGAAUCAAUUUUGCUCUGAGGGUUGUUGAAGGUGGUAAAAAGGGGGAUUCUUUUGUUAAUAUUUCAAUCUUUAUUUCCUUAAAUGGUUUCAGUUUGAGUGAUUUGGUGGGAAAAAUUAGCUUUCAAAGGUGGAAUGCUUUUACUGAUGACUUCUAUUGUUAUCUUUUUUACAGUUUUUACCUUAUUCAUGUCUUAGUUCACUUAUGAAUGGAGACUUGGUGCUCUGGCUUCUCUAUACAUUUUAUAACUACAAUCUUUGUUGAAGAUUAUGUUUCUUCAAAUGAUAUGGGGAACUUCUUCACGAAUCAUUCAACAUUCUCAAUUAUACGAUUCAAAUGAUGUGGCAAUUUCUUCAUUCCUCUUGAAUAUUGCAUGUCACCUGCUUUGAUUUAAUAUCUCGUGGUGAGGCCAUAUGCAUAUGUAAUUAGGUCCAUGUUUGUGCAUCUCAUUUUCUGUCUUUGCUAUUUUGGAGUUGAUUCCUAUGCUUUAGGGGCAAAAUGCUUUAAGAUUUAAUUUGUAUCUACCAUCUCCUUCAAUUUUGCUAGUUUUUAGUUAGCAUGUUUUCAUUUUAUUAUUUUUUUCUCCUGAUAUAGAAUGUGCUUGCUGAUUUCUUGUUCUCCUGGAGCUUCCCUCCCCAAAUAUUUGAUCGAUAAUAUCUUUUUGUAUUCUUGCUAAGAUGAGAUCAGGGACCAAGUCUCUAGACACGAGUGAACUAAUGAAUCACAACAGUUCUAGUGCAACCUUAAUAUCUUUUGGUGUGGCUAUAUGCAUAAAUAAUAAGGUCCAUGUUUAUGUGAUUCAUUUUUUGUCUUUGCCAUGUUGGAGUUUAUAUGCUAUAGAGGCGUCCUUCAAAUAUGCUAGUUUUUGAUAAGCAUGUUUUCAAUUUGGGAUUUUUCCCCCUUAAUAUAGCAUAAAUUUGCUGAUUACUGGUUCUCCCUAAGCUCCUUCUUUAUUCCUUUUUUCUGCCAGAAGAUCCAAUUGAUAAAAUUUUAUUGUAUCCUUGCUAAGAUGACGAAUGUGAAUACAGGUUAUAAAUUUUCAUUUGCUAUGCUUCUCAUAAGCUGCUUGACUUUUAUGUAUUUGAUUUUUUUUUUAAAGAAGAAAAAACUCUAGCUGUGUAUAUAAAUCUUUAUACUUUGUUUUCAAACAAUAGCUAGUCAAUAGUAAUCAUAGGUGCAAAGAGCUUACUACUUGCACGCACUUAUCUUGUAAUAAGGAGUAGGAACCUUAUUGAUACCCUCCACCAUGAAUGGAACCAUGAAGCCAGUUGGAAGAUUUUUGUGGCUGGUUGACUUGCAAACCAUUAAGGAAAAUCGCUUGAGUACUACAAGAACAGAGCAUAAACUCAUUUGAGCAAGCACUAAAACUGGUAGGUUUACAGUAAGGAGUGCCUAUUGGGUUUAAUUCAUUCAUGGAAGAGCCAAAGUGAAGGAGAAAGCUCAGAUAAUCAAUGAUGACAAAGUUUCUAGAAUCGUUUUUGCUGAACAAAAAUUCCUAACAAUGUAAAGGAUUUCGGGUGGAGAGAUUGCUGGAAAGAAUUUUAGCAAGAAGACAUGUUCAGGUCGAUCCAAACUAUGAAUGAUGCAAUGAGAAUUUGGAAAGGGUUCUACGCACUUUGUGGUUAGAGAAUGAUCCAAGCUAUGAAUGAUGCAAGGAGGUUUAGAACAAUUUUCCACAGUUGCUUCAGUAUGUUAGAGAAGUCCCCAUUAACUCUCUCUUUUCAACAAGCCAAUGCAUGGACUAUGCCAGUGGGCAGGAGUUUGAGCUAUUUCUAAUGGUGGCUUGGUCAAUUUGUUGUUCUAGGAAUGUGUUUUAAGUUUGAAGAUGCUCCGAGAGUCCAAUUUUCAAAUGCAAAGGCACUGCUGCAGGAGUUCAAAAGAGUUCACGAACGGUCAGAGGUGGCUAGAUUCUCCCGGAUAGCACAAUGGAGUACAUAGCAACAGGUAAUCUACAAAAUCAAUUCUGAAGGAGCUCUGUUUAUAGAUACCCCAAUGGUCAGGAUUUGGUUUGGUGCUCUGUUGAAAAAGGCCUUGUGUUGUUGCGGGGUAAGCCUACGUGAUCUAGAGGAAGUUGAACUUAUUGCAGCAUCAUAGGCCCUUCGGUUUGCACAUAAAAUGAAGGGUGAUUGUAAAAACUUGUUGGAGCAAUUGUUCAUUGAUCCAUGAUGCUGAGAUAUCUGCUGCAAACUUUGAGAUCCUACUCAAUUAGUCACGUCAGGUGAGAGAGCAAUCAAGUUGCUCAUUGUCUGGUCAGACACGCUCAGCAUAAUAGUGAUCCUUAUGUAUGGCAUGAAGAAUGUUCUAGUGUUAUUCAGAGGUGGAUGUUAAAAGAUGUAUCCAAUUUUUACAACUAUAAGAAUCCAGGAUUAUCCCUUUAGCUGCCAAAACUCCCAAAAUUUAAACAAACCCUUCUCAUUCUCAUUCUCAUUCUCACUCACAGACACAGUUAAUCGGUAGCUGAUUCGAGCUACUAGCAUGAAGGGUCAGAGGAGGGAGUCCAUGGAGGAAGAAAAAGAAGAGGAGAGGAAAUCAGAGAGGCAGAGAAGAGAGAGAGCAGAGAGGGCAGAAAGGAGAGAUGUUCUGAGAGCGAGACCUUGCGGUUGCGGUGGGAGUUCAUCCCUCUCUUCUUCUACUGAUGACUACAAAGACAUAAUUAGCAGUCUACCGGACUGUCUCCUCAUCCAUAUCCUCUCCUUUCUCCCAACCCGAGCCUCAGUCGCCACAAGCAUUUUAUCGAGCAGGUGGAGGUCUCUUUGGAAACUCGUCCCAGUUCUCGACUUGGACCAGCGCUUGCCUUUUACUCAAUCAGACACAGAUUACCCAGGCCCAACGAGGACCAACUCAAAUUUCAGCUUUCUGGAUGCAGUGUCCAACAUCUGGGCUCUUCGCAAUGCCAUUCCCUUGAGCAAGUUGCGCCUUGAUUGGACUUCCAAUUGUGACUCAUUUCUUGUCGAUACAUGGGUCCAAGAUACCCUUCUACGUGGCGGCCUGAAAGAGCUCCAUCUCUUCAUAUUUACUAAACCACCUCUGGAGAUGCCUACCACUCUCUUCUUUAGUUCCACAUUAGUCUCCCUCAGAUUGACAGGUGCCAUUCUUCUCAAUCCUCCUCCUGCUUCCGCUUCAACUUUCCCAAGUCUACGGACUCUUGCACUUGGAAGUGUUAGAUAUGCAAAGCAUGACUCUAUCUCCACACUCCUCGCCGCCUGCCCUGUACUCCAAGAUUUGAGCCUCUCAGUGGAAACUUCCAAUUUUUAUGGUUUGGGUGAGAGUGCAGGCAAGGUCAAAGUCAUUGUAUUGGUACCUACGCUGAAAACAUUGGAUAUACUAUGGCCUGCUGAUGAGUGUUGGCUUUACAAACUGCAGAUAAACACCCCGGCUCUUGAGAGGUUUGAUUUUUUUGGUGGUUUGGGUGAGUAUGUUGUGUUGGAAAACCUCCCCAACCUAGUUGAAACAGUCAUUGAACUUGAAGAUGAUGAUUCGGUAGAUUAUAAAAAUAGGAUAUGGGACUUCAUGGAAUCACUCUAUAACGUUGUAUCCAUGAAAUUCAACCUAGAUACCGCCAGGAUCCUCUGCUAUGGUCCUAUGGAUGGUCUUCCCAUGUUUAAUAAUUUGACUUCCUUGACAUUUGAUGGUAAUAUUUGGCCUUGCCAUUAUAUGUGGCCUGCAGUACAACUCUUGCUUUGUCAGGCUCCAAAGGUACAAACACUUGGCUUUGAAUUGACAUUCCAGGGUGACUACAAUGGUUACCAACCUGACCAUCGCUUGGAGAAUUGCAUGGAGAAGACGCUUUAUGAUCCUGAAUGUCUGUCAUCACAUCUUACAACCUGUUAUUAUAAAGGAUUUUCAGGGCAUGAGGUUGAGAUGGAACUUGUUCGACAAGUCUUGGAGGAAGCAUAUAUAUUGAAGACAAUGAAUAUCACUUUUGAAAGUCGUCUAGACACAGAGAUAAAGCUUCAUGCUUGCAAGAAAUUAAGAAAGCUUCAAAGGAGGUAUCCUACUUGUCAAAUUGAAUUUGACAAAGGACAAUUCAAUUUUUAAGUUCACUUUCUUAAUUUGUGAGAAGCAAUAGAUUUGUGGGAAUGCCCAUUACUCUUUGCAUCUUUCAUUUGAAACUUCAAUGGAUUCAAGAUUAGAAUAUUUGUUUAAUGUUUAAAUUCUCUGUACAUGUAUUUUUCUUUUGAAAAGGAAAAAAAAAGAAUAGAAUAUAUUGUGCUUGCUAUAUCCACAAACAUGUUUCAUAACAUGGAGGCCCCAUGCAGCUUAUAGAAGUGAGUCCAGCCAUCAUGGUGCAGACUCAAUUUUGCUCUGAGGGUUGUUAAAGGUGGUAGAGGUAUCUUGUUUUGUUAAGAUAUCAAUCUUUAUUUCUUUAGUUGGUUUCUGCUUGAGCAAUUUGGUGGGAAAAAUUAGCUUCCUAAGCCCAUCGCAUAUGCUUCGCUUUGAUUGUAAAAGUGGUGUCAAAGGUGGAGCAAAUUUUGUGGGCUUUUGAAGAUGCUUCUACUGAUGACUUCUAUUGUUAUCUUGUUUACAAUUUUUACCCCAUUCUUGCAUUAGUUCACUCAUGUC